UCUGUCGUUACUUGUUCCAACCUUGUCAAACUAAGACAUCAGAUGAGUGAUUAAAUUAUAAAAAGAAUUUCAUAUUUAAUUUCAGUAGUUGAGUUAGGGAUGAGGCUAGGUUGCCCAGUUGAAAAAGCUAAAACUAGAAUCAAAAUUGGAUUAGACUAGUUCCUAAGAUUUAGGAAGCGAAAUCUAAACCUGUAUUGAAUUUUUGAGCACCUGUAUUGAUUGGUUUCUUUUCUAUGUCGUAACAAUUGGAGCAAGAUUUCAGAGUGGAUUUAUCAGAUAGGAAAGUGUUUAUUAGAAAGUAUGCUAAUUUAUUUUUUUAAGCCAAUUCGAAAACGCUCAAGAAGACUGAAAAUGUUGAAGGAACAUGAAAAUGAUGAUGGCUAGAUGGCUAAUAGAGUUUGGGGAAAUCGAUUUCAGGCUAAUUAACAUUUUUCCUUUUAUAAGUUUUUAACAAAACGUCUUACAGAGCUUAUCUGAGAAUCGUCGAUUCGACCACUUUUAGAAUUGGAAUCGACUCUGUUGAGGCCGAUGCUCGGUAAAAACCAGAAUUCAAACAUCUAAUGUAGACUUCAUUGAACCGAAAAUUUAUCAUGAUAUGCCAAAGUCUAAAGAUAAUUGACAUGGUCGAUAAAUUUAAAUAUAUUCUGAUUCAAUAUUGUGAUUGAUGAGGAAUUUGCAAAGAACAAUGUUAGUUAGGUGGUUGAUGAAUAUGGGAAGAAGCCUUCACUAGAAAAAUACACAAGAAGAGAAAAAAAAAAAAAAAGAAAGGAUGGAGCGAAGGCGUCAUAGUGAUAGGUGGAGGAGCGUCGAAUGCGGCGUUCGUGUCGACGGUUACAGGAUCCUGAAUCCUCGUCAUCACUCUUCUUCUUCUUCCGUGACACACUUGUCCUUCACUUACCUCUUCCUCUUCUUUUCCCUUUGUUUGCCUCUAUGUUCACAUUCUAUAUUCCCAUUAUUGUUUUAUUAUUUAUACUCACCUCAUAGUUCAACAACUCACCAUGACCGGCAAAGAACUCCUCGAUGAAAUGAAGGAAACAGUUGGAUUAGGUUCAUCUGCUGAUUCCGGAGAAGACUAUGUUGUUGUGCAGUUCAAGCAGAUUGAGGACAACGAGCUUGGUUUAUUUGCAAUAUUUGAUGGGCAUUUGAGCCAUGAAAUUCCUGACUAUUUGUGGACACAUUUAUUUGAGACGAUCUUAAAUGAGCCUAACUUCUGGACUGAACCAGAGACUGCAAUCCGGAGAGCUUAUAGUAUUACUGAUAAUACUAUUCUGGAGAAAGCAGUUGAUUUGGGUAUUGGAGUUUGUUUACUUUGAAAGAGUUUGUUUACUUUUACCCUUUUUUCAUGGUUGCUUGACAUAAGUACAUUUUCUUGUCUUUGAA